AUGACGACUUUAUUUAAUGAAUGCUAAUCAUGCAAGAUGAAAUUUGAAUCUUCUGAAUAACUUCAGAAUCAUUUAAAAAAGUUUUGUCAAGGUAGCGAUUAUGCUGAUUUAUAGAAGUUGGAGGAGAAAUAUUAAUCAGAAUUAAGGAAUUUAAAAUAGACAUAGGGAGCAAUUAAAGGCGAAGAUUAUUAAUAGUUUUUAGCAAAAUAAUCUGAUAAAGACAAGUUAAGACUCUAAAAUGAAAAUAUGAUGAGUCUUUAGGAUUUAAAAGAAAAACUUAAAGAGUAAGAUUAGGAAUUUAAGAAAUUAGAGAGACAGGAUAUGAGAAAAUAAGAUGACCUUCUAGAUUAAGAACUUAAUAAGUUAAAAGAAGAACGCAUGAAAAUAAGGCUUAAAAAAAAAGAAGAUGAAAAUGUUUUACAAGAGCUUCUUUAUGAGCUUGAAAUGAAAAAAGAAAAAGAAAUAAGGGCUAGAAUAGAAAAAGAUUCAAUAAGAAGAGCUCUAGUUGAUUUAGAAAAAGCAAAACUUACAGCUGUUGGAUAAGAAAAGAAAAGGGAAUUAGAAAAAUUAAUAUAAGAAAGAGAAGCAUUAAGGCUAAAAGAGUAAGAGCUUGUCGGAGAUAUUGAAAAUUUAGAGUCAAAUUCUAAAAAUUUAGAUAUAAUGAGAUAAGAAGAACUUUAAAGAAUGCAAAAGGUAGUCGAUGGCUUGUAGUUUAAUAAAAAAGAGAAUAACAAAGUAAAUGAAAAAAUGGUUGAAGAAAAAGCAGAAAGAAUGGUCUAACUUAAACUAAGAAGGGAAUAACUUGAAAAUGAAAGAGCUAGGAUUAUGAAUAAUUUAGAAAAAAUUAAAUCAGGUGACAUAAAAGGAGUUGUUGGAUCUAAUAAUGUUAAUUUCGGACUAGCAACAGCGAAAAACAUAUUAGGAGAUAUGAGAGAUUUAGGAAAUUUUAACGUACCUGGAAUGAGAGAAAAAGUGAGAGCAGAGGAAGAACGCUUGAGAUAAAUGAAAGAUGAUAAUUUAGGAAUGUAUAAGAGAGAAAUGAUGCCUUACGAUGGCGAUGAAAUUUAUGGAAAGUAAAAUCCUGAUGGAAAUUUUCCAAACAGAGUGAAAGAUUAUUACAACAAUUAUUAAGGAAAAGUGAAUAAUGAUCCCAUGAGAUUGAAUGCUUUUAGGGAAAAUGUAGAAAAAAUAGCGAAUAAUCCUAAAAACGAUAUUUCUAUGUAUGCUGACAAUAAGCUCAAUGAAUUAAAUGCAAUCAAAAAUGACUACAUGAAAGCAGGAGGAAAUGAUCCUAAGUUUAUAGAAAAUAUGAACAAUAUAUAAAAUUUAUAUAAAAACGCAAUAAAUACUUAAUAAAAUGAAAUAACACCCACCAUUUAGCCUGGAUCACAGUUUUAAAAUGCUAUUGCACCUCCAAUUAUGAUGCCAGGUAUGAUAAACGAUCCAUUUACAAACUAUUAGAUGGUUAACUAAAUUACUAAUGCUAAAUCAGGUAUGAUUCCUUAAGGAAAUAUGAAUAUUUCUUUAGCUAGUACUUAGCCUCCAGAUUCGAUAGAUAUGAUGAUUAACAUGAAACAAUAAGAAAACGAAAGAAUUAAAUAACAAAUUAGUUUGCUUAAAUCUGGGAAUUAAAAUAUCCACAAUUAAACAAGAAGUAUGGUUCACUCAUCAGGCAACAUGGGUGGUAAAAGCGAGAGUUAACUACCAAAUCCUUUUUCGAUAUUUACUCCAAAUAAUGAAUUUUUUAUGCAUAAUGAAGUCAGAUCGGUUGACUUAGAUAAAGAAGAAAGAAGCUUGAUAAAUCUAACAUAGCAAGAAGUAGAUGCUCUUAGAGUGUUAUCUAGAAUUCCUGUUGGCACGGAACUUUAUAGAUUCAAAAUGGAGCAGUACAAGUAAAUAUCUACUACAAGGGCAGAAAUUGAAAAAAUCGUUUAAGAAUAGAGGUUGGCAAAGAUGAGAAGAAAGUUUGAAUAAGAAAGAAAAUACCUAGAUAGAAGAUUUGAUAAUUAAAGAUGGAUAGAUGAUCAAAGAAGAUGGAUUUUAGCAGCAAGAAUAAGAAAAGAAGGAGAUUAAUUGUUACCUAAUAAAGAUUAUGAUACAAAUCAAGGAUUUAUAGUGCACUGGGAUUAUAAGCUUGGCUUGCCUUCAAGAACUCCCUUAUCACAAGUAGUUUUUGGGAUCUAUAAUAGGAAUGACACUAUUUAUUAGCCUAAGUUAGUUGAUCCGCAUGAUACUGAAGUGGAAAGUGCUUAAACUGUAAGGUGUAUAAUUGGAGAAUCAAAUCAAAUUUUCGAUAUUCCUGCAGAUCCAGAUACCCUCAUGAUCAUGGAAGUUUAGUUUCCCUUUUCAAAAAAUUUAGCUGAUAAUAUCGGAAGGACAGACACAUUUGGGUGGACAUAGGUUGAUCUAUUUGAUUUUAAGAGAUAACUUAAACGUGGCAAAUUCAAAUGCCCCUUAUAUUACGGUCCUACUGAUGUAAAUAUAUCAAUUCCAGAAAUUAAAAACCUAGAGCCUAUACCAGGAGCUUGGAUUUAUUUCCGUAUUGCAUAUCCAAACGAUGAUGAGUAUGGAAGAGUUUCUUCAUUAUACCCUGAUCAUACCAUGCAUGAAUAUAUUAUUCCUCAAAUUCAUUUAAGGAAUGCUUAUGGUGCGAGGUAAGAUAUUAUUGAGAUAGAGUAAGAACCUGAUCCUGUCCCUGUUCCAAGCAUUUCUUAUUAGUAGCCACCUCCCUAGUAUUCAAAUAUCCCACAAGAAGAUGAACCUGAACCGCCACCUCAACUGCAGCUAUAUCAGCCACCCAGGGCUUCUCAAGCAUAGCUACCUCCACCUGUCGAAGAUGAUUUGUCAGGAGGUUUAGCUGUUACGGUUGUUGCUGUUUUAAAUCAUGUUGCACGUUCGCAUUGCAGAGUAGCUAUUACUUUAAUGGAUACUUUACCUAUUCAUGAUGAAAAUGGUUUAUAAUGCACUUUUCAUACAUCGAUUCAUAAUCCACUCAAUAAUAAAAUUAAGCUAAAUAUACCUCCUAACUAAGUUAUAGAUAAUUUAGUGCAAAAUCCUCACUUCGAAAACAUGAAUAACAAGGAGCAAGGCUAAGAUAUUAGAUUUUAAGAGAGAUAUAAAUUUUUAAGGCAUGUUCUAAGAUAUUAAAAAGUAAAUAAGAAAGAUAUUUGGCUCCACGUAAAACUUCUGGAACUACCAGAGCCUAUUGAGUUAUAAGAAAAGGAGUUAGUUGAUACCAGUAUAAAUUAUGGUGGGCUUGAUUAUCAAUUAAUAGGAGAAAACUACUUUAAAGUAGUAGAAGAUGGGAGGAUCAAAGAAAGAGAAUAAAGGAUAAAAUUGUAUUCUAAACUUCCUGCUUAAGUUCUUCCAAAUCUUAAUUACACAGGAGCAAAGGAAAUGUCUACAAAGACCUAGGUAGUUCUUAAUCUAGAAAAAAUUUUAUUUUCUGAAAGAGAUCUUAAAAAAGCUAGAGAUGCAAUCAAAAAAAAGAAAGUUACAGAUAAUGACAUCACCUAGUUCAUCGUUGAUACAACACUUAAAGGAAGGGGUUAAAAAGGAAAAGAAAAUAAAAAUGCAUUUAUAGAAAACUUGGAGCCUUAAUGGAAUCCUGAUGCAUAUACUAAAAACAUGGGUAUAGAUAUUUACGUCGAUGGCAUGAGAUUUUUACCAGACAAAGUUACUAUUACAAAGAUUUUGAUUGAUGUGGUGAAUAAAGAUUUUGGAGAAAUGUUUAAACAAGAAUCUUGUUUACCAAAGGAUGACUCUACUUAAUUUAUGCCUGAAUAUGAUUACAGAAGAGAGCUCAGAAAAGAAGAAAUAGAUAGAACCUCCAUGCUUUUGUUCACAAUAAUUACUUAUGAUACAACAAGAAAAGAAACAAGAAGAGUAGGUUAUUCUGCUAUACCUCUUUUCAUAAAUCAAUUUACAAAUAAAUAACCUGAAGAAGUCAAUGAAGAAAAUUGCUGUAUAUUUGAAGGAGCAUAUUAACUUCCUAUUUACUGCUAAGAAUUCGAUAGGACAAAAAGACCUUUUAACUUAGAUUAUCUUUAAUCCUUAGAAAGAAUACCAUGUGCCUCACUAUUAGUCAGAAUUAAAAAAGCUGCUCUAUCAGAUGAUGGUAAAAGAUCUCUAAACAAGAAAGAUUUCCCUGAAAAAGAAUGGAUACGUAAAGGUAUUGUAGAUCCUAAGCCUAACUACUCAACUGGUGUUUAUAAUACCUAAUUUAUUUAACUCACAGAACCUGAAGUAGGGCUAUUUGAAUCUAGGAAAAAUAGACUUGAUGAAAAACUCAAUAGAUUAAUCACUUUAAUUGAUAGAAAUAUUAAAACUGCAGGUUACAGAUAAUUCUUAGAUGAAAAGCUUAUCUAUACACGUGAUGUAAAAGUUAUUGAUAUGAUGUACUUUGCUAAAUACGAUUAAAGAGUUGGUAUUAAAUUUGCUUUAGAUGGGUUACAUAAAGUUCCAAAUUCAAAGUGGAUUUAUGGAGCUAUUAUUUCACUUAAUCCUCCAGGAGAGUUUUACUAAGAAGAAGGUAUUUCAAAUAAUGUUAAUUUAGUUUCAGAUGUUAAUUUGCUAUCUUAUGCUGAGUCUCCUUCAUUUAAUUCAGAAUUCAUGUAUUUCAGGAACCAACCAUUUAAUAGGUAUUUGUCAGUUAUUGUCGAUGUCAAAGCUGUAUAAUUAACCAAAAAUCAGAAAUAGACUUUUGAUGUAGGUUGGACUAUGGUACCACUUUUCAGCCCAGAUGGGUAUGUUUUAUCAGGAGCAUUUUAGCUUCCUUUAAUUAAAGGAAAGGUAGAUCCUUCUCUACUGUAAUAAAUGGCUAAAAGAGAUCCUUGGGAAAUAUUCUAAGAAUAGUUCAGUAAUAAUAAAAGCUAAACAAAACUUGCAGAAUUUACAUCAAUAAUAGUUAGAAUAGUAGAUGCAUAAAGAGAAGGACAUUUCAAGAAUCCAUAUUAAGUUGAUCUUUUCGAUUUCAGGUAUUUGCCUUCAUCGAAAUUAAAAUAAUGGGCAUAUACUAAUACCACUACAAAAGAAUUAUAAAACUCAAGGAAAAUAUACUAAAACUUUUCAGAAUUUAAAGGUGUUCCUAAUAUAAUAGAAAUGGAAUAAUUCAAUAAGGGCAUAAGAUUCGAUAUUGCUUCUAGUUUUGGAUUAAAUUAGUUUUUAGACUUAACAAAUUGA